CAGUAAAUUAUUUUUACGUAUGUUGUGCGCUGCUAUUCUAAGGAUAAUUUUUGUUAUUUCGAAAAUUAUUUAUGUUUCAUACUAUUUUUAACUAUUUAUUUAUUUAGAAAUAAUUAUUAUAAAUUUUUGUUUUGUUAGUAUAAUUUUUACACCAACCGCUUAAGUUAUUAUAACUAAUAUUUUAACAUAUGAUGGGAAAAGACUAUUAUCAAAUACUUGGAGUAUCCAAAAAUGCUGCAGAUGAUGAAAUAAAAAAGGCAUACCGGAAAUUAGCAUUAAAAUAUCAUCCAGAUAAAAAUAAAUCUGCUGGUGCUGAAGAGAAAUUUAAAGAAGUUGCUGAAGCUUAUGAAGUUCUUAGUGAUAAAAAGAAACGAGAUAUCUAUGAUAAAUAUGGAGAAGAUGGUCUUAAAGGUAGUGCAGGUGGUCAAGGAAAUCCUGGUGGUGGCAACUUUUCAUAUACUUUUCAUGGUGAUCCAAGAGCUACAUUUGCCCAAUUUUUUGGUUCAUCAAAUCCGUUUGGAAAUAUUUUCGGUGGUGGUUCAAUGUUUGAUGAUGAUAUGGAUUUUGAUGAUGGUUUUAUACGAAUGGGUCAUGGUGGAGCACCCGGUUUGGGGGGUGCAUUUCGAUCACAAUCAUUCAAUGUUCAUGGCUCUCCAAUGGGGCGCUCUAAAGAAAAAGUACAAGAUCCAGCUAUUGAACAUGACCUUUAUGUAUCAUUAGAAGACAUUAUGAGGGGAUGUACGAAAAAAAUGAAAAUAUCAAGACGAGUGUUACAAGCUGAUGGGACUUCCAGAAAAGAAGAUAAAGUUCUAACUAUUAAUGUUAAACCUGGUUGGAAAGCAGGUACCAAAAUCACUUUUCAAAAAGAGGGUGAUCAAGGAAUGAGUAAAAUACCAGCAGACAUAGUAUUUAUUAUAAGAGAUAAACCUCAUCCAUUGUUUAAACGAGAAGGAAAUGAUGUUAGAUAUACUGCAUCUAUAUCUCUUAAACAAGCACUCUGUGGUACAGAAAUAGUAGUUCCUACGUUAUCAGAUAAAAAAAUUCCCCUCAAUCUUAAAUCUGAAGUAAUAAAACCAACAACAGUAAAACGGUUGCAAGGUCAUGGUCUUCCAUUUCCUAAAGAACCAUCACGACGAGGAGAUUUAUUAGUAUCAUUCGAUAUUAAAUUUCCUGAAGUUUUAUCACCAGCUGUAAGAGAUAUUUUAUAUGAUACGCUACCAUAAGUAAAUUGUAUGUUUUUACAUGCUUAUAGACCUUAUACUAUGGUCAAAAGAAAUUUUGUAAUACAUUAAAUAUAUGUUUAUGUAAAUACCUAUAUAUAUUUUGUAUAAAUAUAUAUACAAGUAUACAAUUUUAUACUUUCAAUAUAUUUAUAUAUUGUAUUCUGUAUAAGUUCUAUACUGCAUGUUUUUUAUUUUGUUCUUUAUUCUAACUUCUCUAUUUACUGAGAUAAUUACAAAAUAGACAAUUUAGGUUAAUUAUGUUAAAUAUGUAUAUAAUUUAACAUUAUUUUUUGUUAAUACAUGAACAAUAAUUGGGUUUUACAUGAAUGAAGUAGUUAUUUAAAAUAAAUAACUUGGAACGUUGUAUAAUACGAGCCAAGAAAUCUAUUUAAAGGUACUGAGUAAUAUAUUAAUAGAUAAUUUCUUACAUAAGCUUAGAAAUUAUUAUUUCUUGUAACACAUUUCUAAGCAGUCAUGGUAUUUUUAUCUACUCUGUAUUAAAUAUUAACAAUGAAAAUGUUUAACAUAUCUUAAGUCAAUAUUUACAGAUUAAUGUUUUACUAACUUAUUUUUAUUAAAUAAAGAUUUUAAUAUUGUUUUUACCUAAUUCAUUUUUUAAUAACUGGAUGAAAAUUUUUUUUUUUAAUCUAUUACUUAAUAAAUUGAUUCAAGUUUUCAAAGUUUACUAGUAUAAAUAAAACUGAAAACAUGUUAUAUUACCAAGUAUUAAUGUAAUUUUAAUUGCUUUAAAACCGUAUUAAUGGCUCUUUAUAAUAAUAAUUAUAGGAGUGUUACUAGUUAUUUUUAUAUAAAAAGAAAUAUUUACAUUUUUUACAUAUAACUGUAUUAAUCUUAGCACAAUUGAUUAAUAUCAGGCUCAGUUAGGAGAUGCACCUUAAUAACAAAUAAUUUUUAAAAAUGUCAGAAAACAAGCAUUUCUUUAAGAAUUACUUUUUUUUACAUUCGUUAGAUUUUUAUAUUAGUUCAUCAAUAUUCCUUGGUUACAUUACUAGCUUAUUAUAUCUUUAAUAAUUCAAUGUGUGUAUCAUGUCCCAAUAAAAAUUGGGAUUAUCUCCAUUUACAUUUUUUUGUUUUAUUGUAUUUUGUUAGCAUUUACACUACAAAUAUAUUAAAAAAAAACAGUACGAGUACUGUCAGUUUCAUAAAUGACAUACCAAACAAUUUAAUACAUUUUUAAGAUUAUGUAAAAAAAUCAUUAAGUUUCCAUAUAUUCAAAUCAAUCUAGUUAAAGCACAUUUAAAUAAGCUCUCUUUUCACAAUAGUAGUCAACAUUUGUUUUUUUUAUAGAACAAAUAAAAAAAUUAGUGAAUUAUGCAAAAUAGUAAGAUAAUUAAGGAAAAGUCACUGAUUUGUUAAUAGUUGCACACUAAAAAAAACUAUCAAUUUGCUUUCUAUAAAUAAUGUAUAAAUAAAUAUUACCUAAAAAUUCAAUUGAAUGUCGACACACAUUGAAUAAUUUAACUAAAUUUUUCAAUAUGUAAUUAAAAAAGUAUUAAAUAUUGAAAAAGGAAAUAAAAAUACAACUAUUAAUUUAAUAUAAUCCAUAUUUAUUUGUCAUCAAUUACAAAAUAAAAUCUGAAAAGAAAAAAAACAACUAAGUAAAAAUUAUAUUAUAUUUUAAUAAAAAAUUAGGAGCAAAAUUUAAGACGUCAAAAAAAAAUACUCAGAAAUUUCAUACAUUAAUAACAUAAAUGUAUGUUAGCUUUGAUUUAUAGUUGAUAAUUUCUAUUGUCAAGAAUUUUGGAGAAUAUAACAAUCAAAACAAAAUGUUGGGGAUCAACAUAAAUUAAAACAAGUUCAAUAAUAUUUUGGUUAAGAUCCUAUGCAUGUAAAAUUUAAGUCCUCAGAAAUUUAAAACAAUAUUAAAAUUUUUAAAUUAUUUUACCCUUGAAAAUAAGUGUAGAGAAACAAAAACAUUAAAAAAAAAAAAAAAAGUUGAAAUUCAACUAAUUUGAUUAAAAAAAAAAAAACAA